GUCGAUCCAGUCUGCAAACGCGCGCCCGGCCGUUCACGGUUAGCGUGAUUGAUUCACGAUCGUGAUUUUUUUUUGUGGUGCGAUUACGCUAACAAUCUCAUCAUUGCAUACGACGACGGUUAGCAGCAGGCGUCGACUUUUUUUUCUUCCUUCCCGGUGGAAGAAUUUUCGGCUUGCUUAGUGGUGGUAUAUCGAGCGGUAAUAAUAACAUCGAUUUAGCGCCAAUAAAAGAAGAUCGAACGCAUUCGUAUAUUGCCGGCAUGGUCACGACGGGUGAAUUUGAUCGCAGAUAGCCGGUCGAGUGAAAUCGUUCCCAGCCCAGGGCGCAGAGUGGACCCGAAGAGGAAUAUUUGAGAGAUCGUAAUGCUCCCGUCAAAAUUAUAUUUACGGAUAAAAUCGGCAAACGGUGAACAGAAACAGAAAGCAAAACCAUCACGAAGGAAGCGCGCGUUUUGUGUCUGAGAGAAAAAUUAUAGAUAGUGAAACCAAAGUGCGUGAGUGUGGGCAAGUGCUGGACCUAAUGCAGCUGAGGGCACAAGCGCCUAGGUCCAGUUUGGCCAGCUGUAGCCAAGAAUCGUCCCAAGUGGUAGUGAUUGUAAGCCAGCAGCAAGUGCGUCGAAGUUCUAGCAAUGGAUUUACUGCCAUUGAUGUAGAACCGGAUGAUUCUUCGCCACAGGCCAAAUCUGUGUUGGUGCGCUGCGCGCUGAAUUCCGACCAAGGAAGCAAUGAUGGCGACGAUCGGGAGCAGAAUAACGGAUGCCGGAGACGGAGACCUGCUGCGAUUUCUCAUCAUCAUCCGCCGAGGAAUCCGUCGCAAAAACAGAACGCAAAGAGCUCUUGUCUCAGGGAUUGCUUGCUGUGCAAAUGCUGUAACAAAGGAAUGGAGGAAUCCACCGACGCGGCCGAUACCGAGGAAAAUGGCUUCGAGAAUUGCGAGCUUGAGGAAAUCGUGGCCCCACCGAAGUACCGGCCGGAAUCCAUUGCGGCGCUGUGUGCCGCAACACGGUUCACCGAGUCGGAAAUCAAACGCAUCUACCGAGGCUUCAAGGCGGAGUGCCCGGCCGGGAUCAUCCGGGAGGAGACGUUCAAAUUUAUUUAUUCGCAGUUCUUCCCCCAGGGAGCUAAUACAGGUCUAUAUGCCCAUUAUGUGUUCAACACUUUAGAUAAGGACCAUACAGGAAUUCUCAGCUUUGAGAACUUUGUGCAAGGUCUAUCGAUUCUGUCCAGAGGUACGUUGGAGGAAAAACUUUGCUGGACUUUCUCACUGUACGAUAUCAACCACGACGGGAAGAUAACUCGAGAGGAAAUGACUGACAUCGUGACGGCCAUCUACGAACUGAUGGGAGAGCGCGAGGAUGGCGGCACCGAUGAUGUGCAAAUUAAGAACAAAGUCGAUAUCAUUUUUCAGAAAAUGGACCUGAAUCGCGACGGGGUAAUAACGAUAGAAGAAUUUCUGGACUGUUGUCGGAAGGAUAAAGUCAUUUCGGAUUCCAUGAGCGUGUUCGACUCGACCAUAUGACCUUUGGAGAAGCUACACACGCUUCCGGCGUAUGUUGUAGAUCGAAAUCCCACUGCAGAUACCACCGAGAGUAUGAACGGUUAUAGUCAGCAGACUGAAUUCUACAAGUCGGACACACCCAUCGGACCAAGGACAGAGGAAAACCAAAAGACUGCCAUCGUUCCCAAAUCACAAACGUCUGCCAGCACCAACCAGCUCAGCAAGUCAACCCGAUCCAGCAAUCGCAAGCAAUCGAUCCUGAUGAAUGGUAAAGCGAAGCCAAAGUCCAGCAGCAUUCGCUAUCAUCAUCACCACCAGCUCAAACAUUAUCACAUUCCUUUCGAAACGUAUCAACAGCAAUCGACACGUCCCACGCAUUGUUCAGUAAGAAACACCUACCCGUCCGGGUACUCCGAGUAUCCACCGCAAAUGACUGGAGGGAUCGCCACGAUCACUCCACUUGCCACAGGCCAAUGCCGCCCGGUGGAGCUCAGCUACCCCCAACGACCGGAACUUCCGACCCUAGUCAAGGUAAAAGCAUGGUACACGGUCUCCAAGCAAGGCUUAACGUACUAAAGCCAAUAUAUCGAAAUAUUUAGGAACGAUCUCCAGAUCUAGAUCUUUUUUAGAAAUACUAGCUUUAACACGAAAGUAUCGAUUGAUCUUUUCUUCCGGUGAGGUUGAUGUUUAAGUAAUUUAAAGUGCGUCAGGUCAAACUGUAUCUCCGAUUAAAAAGAGAAAACUUAUAGAAUUUUAUAUACACUAUACGUUGAAGGAUUGAAUAGUAAAUGUCGUAACAAUGGGAUUUAUUUCAAAACUUUCUUUUUAAGUGAGAGAUAUACAUACUUUUGCGCUGGAUGUCUUAUCCUUAGUUUCAUGUUACCCGCGUUAAACAGACCCGUUUUUUCAGUUCAAUAUUUAAAAUUAGACGUUACAGAGUGUUCUUUCAGUUUUAGUUAUGAGCCACAUAGCCUUUCAAAAUGCAAACUCCUGAUAUUCUUCCAUUUUCUUGGAAAUCCUGAUGUUCCUACUUGAUCGUGCGAAUUUCGUAUCCUCGGAAAUGCACCAAUUGCUGAAUACCUCUUGAACCUUGUUUUUGCAUAAAAUUCAAAAUCUAAAAAAAAA